AUGCCACCACCUAAACACAACAUGUACAUAGAUCUUUGUUUACUUCUGUUUUGUGUUCAUGCGGUAGUAGUCUUUGCUGCAGGAUCAUAUGGGCUUCCACAACAAUCAGAAGACUGGUUAAACCACGGUGGAGAUUUGUGGAACAGAAGAUACGCUUACAAAGAGAAUAAGAUCAGCCCAAUAACAGCACCGAACCUACAUCUGAAAUGGAAAUUCUAUGCAGGCAAAGAUAUCACUGCAACACCAGCCAUAUAUAAUGGUACCCUUUAUUUUCCAAGUUGGAAUGGUAACAUCUAUGCAAUUAAAGAAGGCGAUGGAUCCCUUGUUUGGAAGCAGAACUUGCACCAACUAACAGGUCUAAAUGCAAGUGGGUUUGUUUUGAAUGUAAAUUGGACAGUGUCAAGGUCAACACCCACUGUUGCUGGGGAUUUGUUGAUAAUUGGAACCUAUGGUCCUGCUAUGGUUAUUGCUCUCAAAAGAACAAGUGGUGAACUUAUGUGGAACACCACUUUGGAUCACCAUCCUGCAGCAGUCAUCACCAUGUCUGGAACAUAUUAUAACGGAGGUUACUAUGUAGGAACAUCUUCACUAGAAGAAGGUGCAACCAUUGAGCAAUGUUGCAUAUUUCGUGGAAGCUUUGCAAAACUUGAUGCUCGAUCUGGUGCCAUCUUAUGGAAGACCUAUGUGUUACCAGAUAACAAUAACAAGAGAGGAGAAUAUGCAGGAGCUGGCAUUUGGGGAAGUAGCCCCUCCAUUGAUGCCUAUAGAAACCAUGUCUAUAUAGCCACUGGGAACUUGUAUUCUGCCCCAUCACGCAUAAUCCAAUGUCAAGAAAAACAAAAAAAUGGAACUAAGCCUACUGAACCAGAUGAGUGUGUUGAACCAGACAACCACUCAAAUUCAAUCUUGGCCCUUGAUUUGGACUCUGGGAGUAUCAAAUGGUCCUUCCCCAGAUGCUGA